AUGGGGCUUCAUCUUACCUUCGAGGGCUACUUUCACAUGCUGCAAGAAGACAUACAUACUGGCCUGGCAAGUGCCUUCUUCAGAUCCGAGUGGACGGCCGCCUUUAGACAGGCGAUACUCGGCAGUGCCAUUCGGCCGAUUCUCAAGAAGAUGUACUGGUUGCCGAACGAAAUAAAGGUGUGGCUAUCGUUGGCGCCCUUCCUUUGCCAGUACCCGUCCGACACCAUGACGGCUGCCGAUCUCGUCUGA